GAAGAAACGCGCGAUCGUAUUACGCAUGCGCGUGUGAAUGUUUCGAAUUUUGAAUGUGAAAAAAAUAACUUGAGUGAUUGUUUUUUUUUGUGUGGUACUAUUUUAAAACUGUUUCUUUAUUUUAACUUAGGCAAGGAUAUUAUAUGUAUACAAAUUUGUGUUAGAACGUUAGGAAUUUCCUAACACGUAAACUGGUUUCCAAGAUCGGUUGUUUAUUAUAGAUUUUGUAACUGCCUUAUUAUUAUAAUCUAUUGGAUUCUACAUGUGAUUUGACUGUACAAAAUACCUCGGAUUGCUGUUGGGAAGAUACCUACCUACUUAGUAGAAAAUCUAAGAUUUACGGAUCGCGAAGGAUUCAAAUGGAAAUGUCAAUACAGUGACGGUGAAUUAAAAAAAUAAUAUAGAAAACUAAAGCUUUAAAAUCAAUAUAAAUAACGAUGAUCAAAAAACUAAUAAAGAAAACUUUAUUAAAAUUUGAGAGAUGAAGAAAAUUGAAAUCAGAUUAUAGUUAGUGGAAGUGAGUGAAGUGAUUGAAAACAAGAUGGCGUUGUACAAAGUGACGCUGCUUUGUGUUGUGUUAUGUGUAGUGCUUGUUUGUGUGUGUGGACAUGUUGCAUUGACGUACCCGCCGGCGAGGAGGUUUGAUUUGGACUUUCUGGACAAUUCCAGGACGAAGCCGCCAUGUGGGAUGCCCAAAGGAUCGUUGAAAACGACAUUUUUAGCUGGAUCUGCAUUCACGGUACAUUGGCACUUAGCGUAUGCACAUCGGGGCGGGUUCAGCCUUCGAAUCCUGGAUGAGCUGGAGCGGCCCGUCUUGGACCUGACCCCGAGGGCCGGGGGUUCGGAGUUCGUGCGCGAUGACGUCACCGCUCAGAAGUACGAAGUACGUCUACCUUCAGACUUCACCUGCGAGAAUUGUACCCUCCAGUUGCAGAGGGAGGCGGGGGAGUGGGGGGCGAAUUACAGGUUUGGGUCGUGCGCAGACAUCGACAUAUUACCACGUAAAGAUUACCACGAGACAUGCUCCGGCCACGGUUUCCACAUCCUCGGCCGUUGUAAAUGCAACAAGAUGUACUCCGGCCCAAGAUGUCAGUUCAGCGAGGAAUGUCUAGAGGACACUGACUGCGGGCUGAGGGGGAAAUGUGUGGAUGUGAACACUACAGAGUCGCCGAGCAAGAUGUGUUAUUGUCCACACGGGUUUUAUGGCAAAGGGUGUAAUAAAAAGGCGCCCUGGAAAGACAAGAACAUCAACCUAGGGCUCUACAGCAGGAAGGAGCUCUCCAAGCAAUUCAGGUUGUACUGGCGCGUCCUGAAGGAAGAGGGGGAAUUGGAGGUGGUCAUGAUGGUCAACGGAACCACUUAUGCUGCUGUGGGAUGGAGACCGAGCGGGUUGACAAAGGAAUGUAAAAACUUCCCUGUUUUAGGACCUUCCACUGAUAACAAGCCAAGCACCUUAAAACCAGAGCCAUUACCAGAACCCGAACCAAAAGCGGAACCAGAACCCAAACCGGAACCAGAACCGGAACCUAACGCAGAACCAGAACCGACUGCUGAGCCCAAAGCUGAACCGGAACCAGUGGCGGAACCGAAACCAGAACCAAAUUCCGAGCCAGAACCUACUGCUGAGCCUAAGGCUGAGCCAGAACCGACAGCUGAACCAAAACCAGAACCAACUACACCAGCAGAAAGUGACAGCAGAAACAAAAGAGUUGCCAUGCAUUCUCUUGACGGGAUUGAUUUCAAAAAUCUUGGCGAUGAUGUGACUGUGAAAACCAGUAUUUCUUACAAGGUGUCCAGUUCUAAAGGACGACGAAAGCGUGCAACUGCCGAUGCUGACAAUGUGGAAACUACGACCACAGUUGCCAAUGAAAAUAACGUUAGUCCCACUCCAGAACCUACCCUUGAGCCUAAAGCUGAACCUGAAACCCUAGAACCAAAGUCUAUACCAAUAUCUUCAACCACACCUAAGCCUAGACAAAGAUUUUCUCCUAAACCAAAGUUUACACCAAAGUUUAAGCAGUUACGUUUUAAUUCUACAACAACCACUACUAAAGCUCUACCAGAGACUACUCCAGCCCCAGAACCAAGUCCUGAACCAAAGUCCGAACCAGAACCCACUUCGGAACCAAAUUCAUUACCAGAACCAUCACCCGAACCUAAGUCGGAACCAUCUCCCGAGCCCACAUCAGAACCACAACCUUCUCCAGAACCUAAUUCGGAACCAGAACCAACAGCGGAACCCAAAUCAGAACCAGAACCAACUCCCGAACCCAAUUCAGAACCAGAACCAAGUCCAGAACCCAAAUCAGAACCAGAACCAAGUCCAGAACCUAAAUCAGAACCAGAACCAAGUCCAGAACCUAAAUCAGAACCAGAACCAAGUCCAGAACCUAAAUCAGAACCAGAACCAAGUCCUGAACCCAAAUCAGAACCUGAACCAAGUCCUGAACCCAAAUCUGAACCUGAACCAAGUCCUGAACCCAAAUCAGAACCAGAACCAAGUCCUGAACCCAAAUCAGAACCAGAACCAACUCCUGAACCCAAAUCUGAACCUACCCCAAAACCCAUUGCUGAAAUGGAACCAGAGACAUUGCUAGUGAAGGGACUGACAGAAGAAGCAGGUUACUUCCCGGCCCACGAAUACGUGCCUAAAUUUGACUUCAACCCAAUGGACUGCACUGAUAUCGUGAUUGGAACAGCUAGGGGGAACUACCAUAGGGUCUUGGACUAUUAUACCAGGGACAGGUCUACUCCUCGCGUGGACACCUUCUGGGGCGGCCAUGAUGACAUCACAGCCGCAUCUGGCUACGAAGAGAAUGGAGUCACCACUAUCAUGUUCAGGAAAAAGAUUAAGGCCAAAGAACCCACAGACCACUCCGUAGUCGAUGAUCUGAUGCACGUCAUCUGGUCUCGGGGUCAGGAGCCAGGGAAAUACGUUCACUCCCCCCCAUCAGGGCUGGAGAAGGAUAUGGCGGCGGUCGCCGACUUCUACAGGCAAGACGAGCUGAAAUACCACGGUCAUGGCAGCCAGAGAGGCGUUACCAGGAUCAAUUUCUUUGAAGAAGAAAAGUCUUCCAUCUCUGGUGGCGUUUUACCGCUUGAAGAUAAAUGCGGAGGUCAAUGGAAGUUCCCGACCGAUUGUGACCCAGCCAACAAUACGUGUGAAUAUUACGCCUCCUGGGAGUACCUGGGUCAGAAGAGGGGGAAAGACUCUGUCAGGUUCACUAUAAAGACGAAACAGAGCAAAUUCUGGACGGGCAUCGGAUUUAGCAAGGAUAAGAAAAUGUCUCAAACUGACGCCAUCAUUGGCUGGGUGGACCCCCGCUCCGGGCGGCCGUUCAUCAUGGACACGUGGGUGAGCGGGUACUCCGCCCCCAGGGUCGACUCGCGCCAGGACCUCUCCCGGGAGGGCGGCAGCGCCGUGGACGGAGUCACCACACUCAGCUUCGUGAGGAAGAGGAACACGGGAGACCAGAAGGAUCUCGCGUUCACCGACACGGAAUGUCUUUACAUGAUGUUCGUCAUCCACGGCGGGAACUUUGACCCUGUCAACAAGAGGACCAACAAACAUCAGGUGGUGCCAGUCAUCACUGAAGAUCGGGUGUGCAUCAGGCCUUGUGGUCCAGAACCAGCAGAAGAAGAAAUCACAACCGAGAAGGCGGUCCCUGGGGAGACAGUGUACACCAUGCUGAUCAGGAUCACGGGUCUCGCAGACAGCUUCAAGCCGCCAGCUGCUGGCAGCAAGGAGUACGAGGACCUGAGUCAGCAGGUCGCUGACAACCUCGCCAGGGAGCUGAAGGGGACCAAGGGAUACCACGGAUUGGCCGUCAACGGGUUUAUGCAAAACGAAACUAGCGCCAUUAUUGCUGAACUAACACUCAAAUCGAUCGAUUCCAACUUAAUCGAGGGCUCGAGCGCUCGUUCACUCGACUCUUCCAUCUCAGCCGGCGGCAACGAGACGAAAGGAGACAGCGAUAUGGAGAAAUGGGAGAGGGUGGUCAGAGACACUCUGGCGCAAGGGAAAGUGGGGAAUUUGAACGUAGAUCCGGAAUUCUUGGUGUUUGAGCCACAAAGCUUGCUAUCGAACCGGCCAGAAGUCGAGGGAGAGGGUAAUGCGCGCACGUUCUUCGGCUUGGCCGAGACCAAAUUGUACGUGGUGGUGGGGUGCGUGGCCGCCCUCGUUCUCGUGGCGCUGCUGCAGGCCGCCUGCACCCUGUACAGGACCAGGUCUACUGGAAGUCACAAUAAGGAACAGUUAAUCCCAAACGCGGCUUGGAAGGACUACUCUCCCUCGAACACUAAUUACGCCUUCGAGCCGUUGGAGAGCGACAAGUACGGCGGCACGGCGUCCACGGCGGCGCUGCGCGCGCGCACGCCCGCGCGCCCGCCCGGCCCGCCGCCGCCGCGCCCCGCCAGCAGUAGGGGGACUCCUAAGCCACCAGUGAACGGCCACAAGAUGGCGGCCAAUGGUAACAAAAUGGCGGCGAAUGGCACUAACGGGAGAAGCACGCCCAAACACAAUCCACAACAACAGUAUUACCACGAAACUAGGUCUUUACAGCGACCUAGAGGCGGGGGGGCCACACAAUAUGGUUACGCGAGCCGGCCUGAGCGCGCGACGUACUCGCUCCCGCGCGGGCCGCGAGAGCGAGACGGCACGCUGUCUCCGCACCCCGACUUCUACUUCAUGCCGUCACAAAGGAAAUACGAAGAUUUUUGACGGAGACACCGAAGAAUUUUAAUUACAUUAAUUUAGUUACCAGAUCAGAUUUUUCUUUACACCGAACAAAUGUACCUUUUAAGAUAUAUUUCACAGUAUGUAUUUAUUUUAAUUCUUUUUAAUAAUUCUCCAAACCAGAUCUAGUCUCAUGUCACAGUUUUAAAAUAAGUUAUUUUCACAUUAAUGUAAUAUUAAUAUUUUUCUUUUUAUAUUAAUAAUGUAAAUAUAAUAUUUAGAAAUAUUCUUCGCUGUAUAUUGCACAACAAUAGCAAAUUAAGGAAUUAUAUAUCUUAUGAUAACGUAUAACUUUAAAUUAGAAAUUAAAAAAUGUAAAUAACAAUUUAAUUCGAAUGAUGCAAGUAGCGCCAUCUAUUUCAAACUUGCAUUACUAACAUAACUUCGAAAAUAUCGUAAUAGAAACCAGAAAAAGGUUCAUGUUUUAGAAAUAAAUUAAAAAUUAGCAGAACAAAUAUGUAGAUUUAUUAAAAAGAUAUACAACAUUAUCGUAAAUGUAAUAAUUAGUAUUCUGUGUAAGUUAUUUUAGGUAUGUCAUUCACACAUAUUGUAUCGUGCAAAGAGUCUUUAUUGCUGUCAUAUUUAUUUUAGCUCAAUAUUUUUGCCACUUCGUCGUUAUCAAAAUGAUAGACAAAUAUAUUAUAAACAAUUAACAAAAUAUUUAAAUAUAAGUAUAAUUUUUGUCAAGACAGGAUAGCAGUGAAGUGUAAUAGCUUUUCUGUGUUUAAAGAUUGUAUAAGAAAAUAAUAGCUAGAAGAAAGGGAUUAUUAAGAUUAUUCCACUUGUUAAAGGAAUGUACUUAGUUGAUACUGGUAUUAAAAUACCAAAUUAAAUACUUUAACUUAUAUUAUUUUGAGAGCAUCGUUUCGUAAUAUAUCAGUUUAACAAAACAACGAAUUAUCGAUUUUAAUUAAGUUCUAAGUAUUUACCGAACCUAAGACUA